AAAAGAGGGAAAUGAUUUUAAAAAAAAAGUUGGGAAAAGGCAUUGGUGUGUUGAGGAGAGGCCGCAGAUGUGUAGAGUCCUGGCCCGGUUUUCCUUGGGUUCUUUCUGCCAGUGGACCUGCUGUGCUGUUGCUGGCUGGUUAUACUACACUCCUCUUUUUACCUCCAGCCUUGGACUCUCCUGCACUGAGGGACAUGAGAGGCACCAUCCAUGAUGGGGUAUGUGUCUCACAUGAACCAUAGUCAUUCCUUGAAGCUUGUCUGGGAAGCAGAAGAGCCACCCGAUUUGCCCGAACACCUUUCUAUCAGAGACAUCCUUUCUUGUACCUACUUCUCACUGAACAGAGACCUUCUUUGAUAGGACAAGGCCAGGAGUUUGUCUUUGAGUCCUUUGAAGAGUGGAGGAGGGACUCUCACUGCUGCAGAGCAGUGAGAAAUGGCCUUGUUCUGGCCACUGGGGCAAACAGGGACCACCUAUUCCCCUGCACUUGAGGGCUGGGCCCUUCCAGGGUUGGUCCUGGGGCUACAGUGGCCUUGUGUCCCAGCUCAGCUCUGGACAGCAUUGGAAGCCUUUUCUCUUCUAUGGGCAAAUUUCUCAGGACUUUUUCAAGUCCCUCUGGAGGAAAGCCCUUCAGUGCAGGGGUCAGUUGCCAUUGCAGCAUAAAGAGCUUCCUGCCAAGCAGCUUUGGGAGUGUGGGCAACACUGGCCAGACUGCCCAAGGUUACUGAGGGUUCCUGGCUCCAAAGGCAGAGGAUUGGCAGCUCCUAGUGUCUCCAGGGCCUGCUUAGAGGGCAUCGAUGCCACAAACUGAUGUGAACAGCAUUUCCUCAGCUCUUCCCACGCCUAGCCAGACUGUAUUUGCAAGCAGAAUAUUCCUUAUUUUAUAGUUUUUAGUGUUCUGGGCAUUUAUUUCAAAGCCCUUUGAGAAUCUAAAAGUUGUGAACCCUCUCCCCUUGGAAAUGUACAGCUGUACAAUACACAGGUUCAUGGAUUCAGGUUAAGAGCUCUGGCUUUAGUAGAGCCUCCUUUACACCAGCAUAUGAGACGAGAUUAAGGAUAGAUCCUUGCUAUAAGCUGGAAAAUGGUUUUUCUCUUCUCAUAUACUCUAUAGAAUAUGAUUUUGCAAUCUAAUGCUUUGUGAGAGCUUCUUCAGUCUUUUGUUUUUGUAGCAUGAUUCUGUAUUUUAGUUGUGAAAUGAUUAAAUAUUGAACUCAUCCUUGGCUUUCCAACCCUGGGAGUAAAUAAAAUGUGAUCUUAAGCCUCAGAUGCUUUCCUAAGUGUUUAGGUGCUAUGACCUAGUAUUUUCCACAUUUUUUCAGUUUAUAUAUCGAAGAAGAAUGUUUGUGUGUACAGUUAUGGGCUUAAAGGCAGACCCCAGGCAGAGUCUGACCAGAGACUCUCUACCCCACACCUCCACCCAGUGCCCACCACAUAUGUUCUCCUUCCCUCUGUCUCCUCUUGUCCCAGAGGUUUGCUGACUGAUGAUUCUGUUGGGCCUAUUCAUUCAAAGAGUUUUCUACCUAAUUUGUGGAAUUCAACUUAGGAUUUUGUAUAUGUUCGUUAUUGAGAACAUAGUGACUACUGAAGAAUCAUAUUUGAAUUUUAAAUGUCUUUAUAUUGUUAGAGAGUUAUUUUAAGUAUCCAGAAGUUUUGGGUGUGCUGGGUAUUAUGUUGGUUAGAGGAGAGGAGUGUAGGGUGGGCUGUCUCUCCUCUACUCGAGGGCAGGAGACAGUGCCAGGCCACCAAGCAGGGCCUGAAAUCACUGAUUCCCAGGACUGUUUGGAGCACGAGGCACUCAUGAGACCCAUUGCUAUAGCUUUUCCAAAGUGGCCUGGGCCCUGCUUAGGUCCCUGUGCUGAGCAUCUCCAGCAGAGCAGCCCUUGGUGGAGUAGACCGCACUUGUGGGUCCAGGUGCAGAUUGUUUUCCCACCAGCAGCACUGCCCUCUGGGCCUGUAAGGCUCUCACCUCCGCCCCCUGGUGGCCAGAAUGGUUCCUUGUCAUUUUGGCAGGGCUGCGGGCAAGAGCUGGCAUUUCUGAGGAGCCUCAAUCUCUAGCCAGGCUCUACCACACUUUGUGGUUAAGGCUAGGCAGGUGAUAAAGGAGUUGGAUCAAAAUGCUGAAAAUGUAAUGACAUUCAAAACAGAAAAUAAUGUGCUUUCCUGCUUGUGCUUAUUUUAAGGAACCAAGGCAUACUUCAACAUCCUUCUCCUGAACUGUUUUUUCCAAUAAUCAAAACAUUGGUCCAGGCAAGCUUUUUUCUUGCUAAAAUUUCCAAUUUUAUUUUGUUCUUUCAGACAUAUUAAUUACAGUUUCUUUUCUCUCUAGCCUAUUAGUAAUGCUGAUUUUAUUGUUCCUGUUGAAAUCGAUGGAACUAUACAUCAGGUGUAUGUACUGAAGCGGCCACAUGUGGAUGAGUUCCUCCAGAAGAUGGGGCAGCUCUUUGAAUGUGUGCUCUUUACUGCCAGCUUGGCCAAGUAUGCAGACCCUGUGGCUGACCUCCUAGACCGCUGGGGUGUGUUCCGGGCUCGGCUCUUCAGAGAAUCAUGUGUUUUCCAUCGUGGGAAUUAUGUGAAGGACCUGAGUCGCCUUGGUCGAGAGCUAAGCAAAGUGAUCAUUGUCGACAAUUCUCCUGCUUCAUACAUCUUCCAUCCUGAGAAUGCAGUGCCUGUGCAGUCCUGGUUCGAUGACAUGACAGACACAGAGCUGCUGGACCUCAUCCCCUUCUUCGAGGGCCUGAGCCGUGAGGACGACGUGUACAGCAUGCUGCACAGGCUCUGCAAUAGCCAGCUGUCAGUCACAUCCUCCCAGCAGCACUUUGGUCUGUGGACUGCCGUGCAUUCAGAAGAGAAGUAAGUAUUUGGAGGGUAACCAGGUCUCCCAAUAUUCUGAGUAUUCCAAACCCUGUAAUCUGUAUGCCAAGUAAACUGGAAACAGCCCCCCUUGCUAGGCAUUACCACAGACAAUGACAGUUACAUGGCAGAUCUGCACAUGCCGUAAACCUUUGUUUGGAAACCAGUCAUUAUAAUUAACCCACUGCCUUAAAUGUCUUGAAUGUUGCAGUCAAGUGUCUGUCAUGUGUUGGUACCCAUACAGAAUGAGGCCCUGAUAAGAGCCUUAGACCUUCAUCCUUGCCCCCUUUGUUGGCAUCACAGGGCCUUAUUUGGAGGAAGGGGCAGAGAGAAUUGAAAUUCCAGAAUAUUUCAGGGGAAGCAAACCUAGGAAUAGUGCUCCAUUUCUGACAGAUGGAGUGAAGACACUUGGCAGGCUUGAGCCAAACCCUUCACCUAGUAGUUCCUGAAACUGUGAGCGCCAUUGCACUAAGCCAGUGCGGAGCUGUUGGGGAUGGAGCCCAGUUCCUGCCACCAGAGACACAGAAUGCCUUGGGAGGGCCAGCCAGCCCUCUGAGGGUUCUGGAAUCUGUGCACCUUAUUUGACCACACUCCAAAAUUCCAUUUUUAUUUUAACCUUGAUUCUGCUUUAUCUACGUAAUCAAAAAUAUCUCUAUCUAGUAUAUAUUUUUUUAAUCAUCUACAUGAAAAUGAAGCAAUAGAAUUCUAACAUAAGGCCAAGAAAUUAGACGAAUGUUUGGGGUUUAUUUUUUUUAAGGUAAAUACGGGUAUUGUUUUUAAUUAUUACCUUUUAUUAAUUGUGGGCUUUAAUACCUAAUGAAAGCUGUUAGCUACUUCUCUGUGCCAUAUACUUCCCACGAUACCAAAAUAUCCCCAACUCUUUAGCCAAAAGAGAAGUCUGACUUCCUGAGUUUCCAUGGUCCUGUCUGUACCAGGUUAAAUUGUAAUCUCCUGGACAGAUCUUUUCUACAUGAAGAUCUGGGACAGAUACCUAGGGUUCAUGGACCCCAGCCCACUAUGAUAUUAUGAUAUCUCUGGCCCGGCCUCGAGUGGAGGUGUCCAGGCACUCCUAACAUUGUUAAUGCUCUGUCUUCCAUUUGCUCUGGAAUCCUACGUCUUGGUCUGUGGUUUCAUGCAUUAGCUGUUAGUAAACAACGCAUUUAUACACUAAAAAGGACCACCACCUUUUGCACCAUUGAUGGUUGGUAGGAAGCUCCUUUGACAUGGUGCAAUUUUGAUGAGAUGACUUUGGGAACAUGAGGAUGCCCUAAUGACACUGACUUGUCAUGGUUGCAGCAUUUGAACUUUUGGUAUAAAAAAGAAGUCUAUAAGUUUAUAACCUGGCAACAUUUUACAACCCUGCAUUUUAAAGAUGAUUUCUAAUAAAAUCCAGAACCACACAGCCCUAUGGUCAAACACUCAUGACGUUUGUGCCUCUGCUUAUAAAGGUGCUGUGCUGGACAGCUGGCAUGCCAGGGUUUGAGAACAGUGGAUGGCUUGAAGUAUUUGCGGUUACCUGUGCAAAAUCAGCUGGCUGCCUCUGUUCCUAUUUUACUGUAAAUGUGAUCACGUCUGUUCCUGUUCCAUCCUCCCAGGAGCUUCUCUGCAGACUAACACCCCCCAAGUAUUGGAGAUGCUGGUGUCUGGGUGGUCAUGGAUUUCUGUUGGAUAUUUGAAUGUGAUAAAUAAUCCAGCAUUACUUGGGAAAUACUACAUGCGGAAUGUGCACGUUUCCAGGGACAAGUAUUGUCAAUCAAGACGUUUGCAAUGAUUUCCUUCCUGCCAAAAAUAAACGUGAAACUGCGCUCUCUU